AUGCCACUAUGUCGUGCGCCGCUGCCAAAUACAGCAUCGGAACUGAUCAAGGCAACUGCCAACCUGAACCCCCCCUUCUCUGAUUUUCAUCCUGCCACCCUCUCACACCAUUUUCCAGUAUCAUUGUCUCUUCUCAAAGCACCCGUGAUGGAUCAUCUUCGUCGUUCUAAGCAGUCUUCUAGCGAGGAAUCCCCUAUCUCUGCGAGUUCCUCUUUCGUUGCCGACAUGAACUUGACAAAUCACCUCUCCGCCCUGUUAGACCAAGAGCACAAUGACAUGGUUGUUCGGGAGCUGAAUCUUCUGGAUGCCACCAUUCCCCCCGAGAAAGUUCUUCUGAAAGUGCUCACCCCGGAGUCAUUCACCACUACCACCUCUUCUUUUGCUCGUGUCCAGCAGAGUCAGCAGCUUCUGACCUCCGUCAGAUACCGCGCUAUCGGAUUUGGCCAGUGCGGCCUUGUCUUUGAAAGGCCUGGUCGAGGGUACGUUUUGAAAGUUGCCAAGCCGUCAUACGAAGAAAGUCUUUGGGCCGAUUUCAAGGCCCAUUACAGCAUCAGCGAGGCUGUCCAAAAGCAUCAGAGCCCUGAUCAACCAAUGGAAUGCCGCGUACCACAACUCUUCUCUUAUGUCACAAAGGGCAAUGAGAUCUGGUGGAACGAAAACAAACCGUUUUUCACAGCAACAAUGCAAGAAUCAGUCUCGUUGCCAGCGAUGACUUUGAUUUCACAGCGGAUCCUCCCAUUGCCGAAAAUCGCUCGCGAAGCCCUCAUUAACAAGUACUGCCCAGAGCCAUCUCGAACCCUUGUGGCCGCCAAUCCAACAAAUCAAGACUGUCUUGCUCGAGUUUACCUUGGUCGGCGUCGUGCUACGACUGCUCCAUCUGCAAAUUUCACUUUGCGCAACUUCAAUUUGCAUCUUGACCAGAUGAUCGAGCUUGACCUUCCUAUUAACAAGAUAGCUGGUGCUAUAGGUGAAGCGUUGGCGCUUGUUCACUGGGCUGCCCAUGUUGAUGGGUAUGAUAUUGAAUUUGUGCUAGGAAGUGAAGGGUAUAAAACCUAUACACGGGAGGUUUCCUUCACUUUGAAUAUGUCCGCGGAGCAGGUAGCAGCACUACCUCCCAACACAGAUAUCGAGUCUAGGAUGUCGGUCAAUUUUAAGCAGCGUACGACCCGUUUGUGGAUGCUUGACUUCAAUUUGUGCAAUAUAUGGAAUGAAUCCGCCGUCCUGGCGAACCCUGAGGCCCUAGUAUCGCAUCUAGUGAUGGCCUUUUUCGAAAAUGACCCUUACUACCCACUUCCGUUGAUGGAAAGUGACGUGGAUAAAGAGCUUUGGACAGUGUUCACUGUCCAAUAUCUCCAGAUGGCAACCAAGGUCUUGAAUGGAAAGGAUCCGAGGCUGGUAGCCCUACCUUUGAAAUUUAUUGAUGGCUGCGUUGAGAGGGAGCGGGAGAGUAUCCGCAAUGGUCUUGGUCACGGUCAGCGUGAUUUCAAGCAGUGA